AUGGCGGAGGAGACAGGUAAAUUUAAAUGUUCAGCCGAACAAACACCUGUUUCAACUUUUAAGUCGUCAAGUACCAGUGGACCAUUUAGAGCCACUCGACUUUGGUACCAGAUUAUUAAUCAUCUAAGACAGCAUGCAGAUGUUGGAAAAAAGCGUUACCUGCUUAAACAUUAUGAUAAUGUAUUUACUGGUAGUAAUGCAGUAGAUAUUGUUUUUAAAUUUCUACAACACAAUGAAUCUGUGUUCCUGAAUCAAGAUCUUAAUAGGCAAAAUGCUGUUAAGGUUUGUCAGGCAUUGAUGGACCACCGGAUAUUUGAGCCAUUACUUGGUAAAGAACAUUUUGAAGACUGCAGCAAUAGAUUCUACAGAUUUCUAGCAAUGGAAUUAUGGCACUUUAGUCCACUUCAUUCUGGAGAAGAUGAAAAGGGCAGGCUUUAUCUCCCAACAAGAGUUACAGAAAGAACAGGGGAAAUGUCUGGUGUUUAUAAUCCAAGCUACCAUUCAGCGUCCCCUGCAUCUAAGAUAACAUCACCUAAGCAUCAUAGAGCAUCAUUCAAAAAACGGGCUGCGUCGCUUGAUCUUGAAUCAGUGAUAGACUGUUCAAAAUGUACGACAUUAGAAUCAACCAGUCGAUCUCCACUGUCCCCUCUGGAUAGAAAUUUCACUUGCAAAACUUCACAAAGUUCAUCUUGUUCUCGAACCUUACGACGAAGGCAUAGCUUUACUCUUGCCCUACAGUCAGGAUUUCAGGACAAUAGUAAUAAUAAACCGAGAAACCUUUCACAACUUCAGCCAUGCUUAAAAAGGAAGAACAGUUUUUUAACCCGAAGUAGUUUACGUGUUUCUCUAGCACGGUUACGACCUCGCAUACCUUCCAGAGAACAUUCUUCUGUUGUUCAGUCAAUGGUUCAACUUACUGGUCAGAAGUUAGGUGAUUUUGAUGAGAAUCAAAAAGUUCCAGAACAUGUAAGAGAAAGGGCUCUUAGCCAUUUGUUAACUUUGGUUGAUAUUCCUGUCUUGGAACCAAUUCUGAUGACUCCAUAUGAUCUCCCGAAAGUCAGCCCAUCUAAAGAAACCUUUAUCAUACAGAAUGAAAGCACUCACCCUUCCUUUGCUAAAUCUGUUGUCCGACAAGACUUGUGGAGAAUUCCGUGGGUUGAAUUGGCAACUGCUUGUAUGAAUGGACCUCCAGAAGGUAUUGAUAAACUGUGGUCAGCACAAGCCUGCAAGCAGCAUUGUUAUCAAGCUGUUGUGGAGUACUGUCAAAGAUUUCCAUCAUCAAUCUUUCCUCAGUCCUACUUACAGAUAUACCUGGCUGUUAUAAAGCUUCUUAGAGAAAAUAAACCUGCUCAGGCACAAGAAGUGUUACAGUUGUUACUAGUCUUUUUGCCAUGGCAACGACGUCAGCAGUUACAUAGACUCCUUCAGUUUUUAGACUUGGUUUCAAAUGAUGCAUUUGUUGUUGUUGACAAACAGCUAUCAAAUCAUGAAGCUAUUCUUCAAGACUUUUCAGAUAUUGUCUUAUCUCACCCUUUGAUCUCUCUUGACCACUGUUGUAACUUCCUAGACUUCUUAAUCUCAAGAACAUCGUCUUUGCUUUCUCUACCUGAAUGGUUAACUGCUCAUUCCACAAUGGAAGGUCCAGUUUUCUGUCAACAAGUAAUCGGAGAACAGCAUACCACAAUUACAGCACAAGCCCUCCACCAGCUUUUAAGUUCAGUUUUGAACAGCAAUAUUUCAGAAAAAAGGAAAAAGUCCUGGCUUAAGAAAUUUGAGAAGGCACAUCCUGACCAAUAUUAUCUGUUGUUUCCUCAUCACUAAUGAUUUCAUAGAUUAAAAUGUAAUAUUUGGGUAGUAGGAAACUUCUUUCAAUUUUCUAAAUGUUAAGUUGUUUGGUAGUAAAAAAUAUAUGGUUUACUCAAAAAUUUGUAAAUAUGUUUCUAGAAAAUAUAUUUUAACAAAACUUGUGAUGUUCUUCCAGCUAAAUAUUUAUUUUACUGCAGUUUUUGCUAUAAAUGUUGAGUAUAUACAUUGUUUUUGAUCUGAUUUACAUUGGGAAGUGUUUUUUAGUAAUGUGAUUGUAUAUCAAAUCUACAACAGAUGCUUUAUUCUGUAGUUCUGAUUCACACAGCUUUGAACUUUCUUUUUUUAGUGAAUUGUUAUACUUUUUAUAGAUUUUUUUUCUACUGGCUAAAAAUGAUUGACUUCAUACAAGUAAAAGAUAACGAAAUUCAGUAUUAUGUUAUAAUGAGAUAAAGGUAAAGUUAUUUACUUUGGUAAGAUAUUUUUCACAUCAAACAUUACAGAGAAAUAAAGUACGAGUACAAGGUUUCGUAAUCCUGUGUAUCAUAAACAAAAACUUUUAGAGGUAUUUUUGUGCAAUGUUUAUCAAAAUAUACUUUAAUCAUUUUGAUACAAAAUAUUUUUUAAUAAUAUGUUUUUUGGUAAUAAAGAAAAUACCAAAUCUCCUUUAUUUAGAUACAAACAGUAGUCAUUUAAACUAUGUCUACCAGCUCUACAUGCAAGUGUGUGCUAGUAACUUAUUUUACCUAUAUUUCUUUAGAAAUUUUAUUAUUGUUUUUAGAUAAAUUCACACAAACAGUUUCUUAUGAAGCACAUUCUUGAAGAAAUUGUUAUGAAUUCUACAUCUGUACAUAUUUUGAUACAUUUUUUAGUUAUGAAAAAUUGUAAGAGGUGGUUUACUGAAUCAAUAAAUGUGUGAAAAGUUGGAAGAUAAGCGUUUAUUAAACAAGAAUAUGUUACUGAGUAAAUUCAAUGUCAUAUAGCUCUCAUAAACUUGGCUAAAUGUGAAUGUAAUUGUUAUACCCCAUGAGUAUAUUGACUUGGCUCGUACACAAGUUUAUUUCUGGACAUUCAGAAAUUCGGGUUGAUGACAUAUUUGUUUAUGGCAUUGAUAAAGAUAAAAAAAUAGAGUAUAAUUUUUUAAAGUAUUUUUUAUAAGUAGUGCAUUUCAGGGACCUAUUCUUUGGACAAUGGUUGUUAUUUUUGUAAUAUUUUACACAAUGCUCAUGUUUCCAAUUUUUAUCAAGUUAGACUGUAUCCCUUAUAGCUACAACACAACAGACUGUGUAAUAAAACAUUUGCUUGGUCAAAUAUGUGAACAUUUACUUUAGCUAACAGUCGCUCUCUGGCAUAGUCCAUCAACAGUAGAGAUCACUGCAAAACUAACCAUGUAGGAAUUUAUGUACAAAAGAUAAAAUAUACAUUGAAUUAUAAAUUGGUUUUUCACGGGA